UCCACGAUUCGGUAAAUUUUUACGAAAUGAGACUUAAAGAGCUAGAAGGAUACUUACAACAAGUUGAUGUUUUUGAAAAGCCAAAAGUAGAUCUUGAACAAUAUCCAACCACGCCGCACAUAGCAGCUCACAUGUUGUACACAAUCGACUCCACGUUUGGGGACAUUGAAGGAAAACUUGUCGGUGAUUUGGGAUGUGGAUGCGGUGUUUUAAGUAUCGGUUCGUGUAUGUUAGGAAGUGCCAUGACAAUUGGAUUUGAUGUGGACUGCGAUGCUUUAGAAGUCGCAGCUAGAAACUGCGCAGAGUUUGAGCUUCAGACGUGUGAACUUAUACAGGUUGACGUGGAAAAGAUUGCAUUGUGUGACAGAUGGAGAAAAGCGUUUGACACGAUCAUUAUGAACCCUCCUUUUGGAACCAAGAACAACAGAGGUAUUGACCUCAUGUUUCUACAACAGGCCAUCAGUAUGUCCAACACAGCUGUGUAUUCUCUUCAUAAGACAGCCACAAGGGAACACAUCAAGAAAAAGGCUUCAGAAUGGGGAGUGCAAUUGGAAGUGCUGGCUGAACUUCGGUUUGACUUAGCUGCUAGUUACAAGUUUCACCGCAAAAAGACAGUCGAUAUUGCAGUAGACUUCGUAAGAGUGGACUGUUCAAAUAGUUGACAGCUGAGGUGAAUGAAGAGUUAAUGAUAGAUUUAGGACAAGUCUUCUAACCUGGUUCUUUAAAAUAUUUUUAAUUGGCAGAUAGAUACUGAGUUAGGAGCGUUGUCUAGUUUUUAUCUAAGAUCAAGAAACAAAAAAAAAUCAGUGAAAAAGAAACAUGAUGUGAGAGAGGAGUUAGUUAGACUGCCAGCUUAAGAUUUGUAUGAUAGGAUUGUUGAUGAGGUUGAAGCCAGAAUCCAUUAUCAUACAAUAGAAAUAUAGAAGAUCUACUUCUGGAAGAAGAUCUUAUGGACGCUCAUAACUUCCUCAAAAGACGAAUCGCGUCAGGCUACGAAACAAAUGGUAAGCUCAAACACUCACAUGUUCUAGGGAAGAAAAGACAGUGAGUAACGUGACCAGAAAGAGCGCUGUAUGCGUGAUAAAAUGCUCGUAGAUUUGUAUUCAUUAGUUUGUAUGAAGCAUCAACAACGAAGGGUAGUUGAUCUUCAAUUGGGCGGCAAAAAUAAAACGGGAUUGUGCAUCGAU